GUUAUGUGUGUUGUAGCUUUAAUUUUCAAACUUGUGCUGCAAAGGACAACACUAAAGUAAAAUAAAUUUAUUGUUUAAUUCACCUCUCUUUAUGGACAAGUCCUGAUUUUCUUUUAUUUGAAUUGAAGUGUGUUCAUGAACAGAAAGAGGCGAUUAGAAUGACAGAUAAGGUGUUUUCACAAGGUGUGUUCUGGACUCUCCUGCUCCCCCUGCUGGUUGGAAGUGCUCCUAUUUCUAGGGAACUGUUCCCAACAGAUUGCUCUGAUGUCUACGCUAACAGACAAACACUAAGUGGAGUGUACACAAUUUACCCUACAGCAGAGACACCUGUCCAGGUGUACUGUGACAUGGGAUGUGGAGAAAGUCAAGCUGAAGAUGGGAAAUGGACCGUGUUUCAGAGGAGAAUGGAUGGCAGUGUAAAUUUCUACAGACCAUGGGAGCAGUACAAGGAAGGGUUUGGGAACAAGUAUGGAGAAUACUGGCUGGGACUGGAGAAUCUCUACCAGCUCACAAACAAGAGACAAUAUGAGCUGAAAGUGGACCUGAAGGACUUUGACGGAGGGUCUGUUCAUGCUCAAUACUCUCAUUUCUCUGUGGGAUCUGAAGCUGAUGGCUACAAACUUCAUGUUAGUGGUUUCAUCAAUGGAGGUGGAGGUGAUUCCAUGGAGACACACAACGGACAGAAAUUCUCCACCUUUGACAAAGACCAGGAUUCGUAUCCUGAUUCGGACUGUGCUAAACGCUUUCUUGGGGGAUUUUGGUACAACAAGUGCCACACUACUAACCCUAAUGGGAUAUACCUGUGGGGCCUUGACACAACUCAUUACGCCAUCGGAAACGUAUGGAGCACUUGGAAAGACAGCGGUUAUGGUCUCAAGUAUAUUGUUAUGAAGAUCAGACCUGUGCCUGUAGCUUAGUGAGUUACUGAUAAUACUGAUAGUUUUUUAUAAUAAUAUUGUUGGUGAUGUAGGAAAUGGAGGAGGUGGUGGUGGGCAUAGGGGUAGUCAUAGGAAAAAAGGUGGAUG